AUGCUGUCUCUUGUAGUUGCCCUCGGUCUUGCAGCAUGCGGCGCUGUGGCGUACUCGCCGCCCCUCCACAGGAUUUCACCUCCGCAUGACGCCCUUGUCGUCCGCGGAAACACGACUCGGGAUGGAGAGUAUCCGACGAUCAUGUCCGCAGUCUGGGCUCUGCCGAACGACACCUCUUCGCAGAGUAUAUUCAUCUACCCCGGGACGUAUCACGAACAGAUCUACCUGUCGCGUGCCGGCCCUAUCACACUCUACGGAUACACGAGGAAUGCCGGUUCGCAGGAAGCUAACGAGGUCACGAUCACCAACUCGCUGGUAGCAUCGGCAGCUGGCUCGGAUGAGGCUAGUGGAACUCUGCGCGUCCACACCAACAACACGCAGGUCUACAACCUCAACAUCAGGAAUGAUUACGGGCCUGGCCUACUCGGAGGUCAAAACCAGGCAAUUGCCAUCUCGGCGUACGGCGAUAAGGUCGGUCUCUACGCGUGUGGUUUCUAUGGAUUCCAAGAUACCGUCUAUACCAAUACGGGCCGCCAUGCAUUCCUUCAUGGCUAUAUUGAGGGCAGCGUUGACUUCAUCUUCGGCAAACUGAGCCAGGCUUAUUUCCAAGCAAACACGAUUGCCAUCGCCGCUCCCGGCUGCAUCACGGCCAGCGGUCGAAGCACAAAUGACUCCGGAAUAUAUCUGCUCGAGGACAGCGUCAUCACUGCAGCCCCGAAUGCGAACUUUACUGUGUCAGAGAUGAACGGCAAGAUCUACUUUGGCCGCCCGUGGCGUAACUAUGCCCGGGUCAUAUUCAAGAACACAUAUGUCAUCAAACCCAUGCUCAACGCAGCACUGUGGUCGAUCUGGAGCACAGCGACACCCUUGACAGACGAGGUGACAUAUGCGGACUACGGCACUUGGGGCCCGGGUGUACCCUGGAACGUCUCCCAAGCACGGGCCAACUUCUCUACCCAUUUGACGACGAAGGAGGCAGCGUCUUACAAUAUCGGUUUCGCCCUCGGAAGCGAUUGGCACACCUGGGUCGACUCCAGGUAUCUCUUGUAG